AUAACCACCAACACCAUAAUAAAAAAAGAAGUAUUUAAACAUGCUUGAUGCCUGUCUUUGUAUCAUCAGCUUGUCUGGGGCAUAUUCUUGCUUUGCGCAGAACGUCACAUAAACAAGCACAAAUAUUUUUCUUUUCUUUUUUUCUUUUUUUCUAUUCUUCAUAAACACACAAAAAUAGAAAUGGAGGAACCACAGAAAAUGACUAUCGAUAACUUGAUUAUGGAGCGUAAUAUUGAAAGCUUCAUGACUCUAAGAACAAAGCCCAGCAAGCGAAGAAAGCAUAAAACCAGUAAUACAGCUUAUGUACCUGAAGUGAUCUCUAACAUUGGGCUCUCUCAAGCUCUCACAAAGUAUACAAUUUACAUCGAUGAACGUGUUUCCCACCUUGACAAACUUGUUGCAAUAGCACAAGGCAUGGGUAGUACCGUUGUCCCUUCAAGUGACACUAGCAACAUUGUCAUUCUCGAACCUAGAAAUGCUGAUCGAUACAAGAUGUCAGUACGUUAUCAAAAGAAGGGUUUGAAAUGUGCCCCACCCGCUUGGUUAUUUACCUGCUAUGAACAAAAUCAACAUAUUCCCAUCUCUCAUUUCCCUUUUGAUGUGAAACAGGAUCAGCCGACCCUUACUCCUAUACCUAUCACCGACAACGACGAAGAUAAUCCAUUUGGCUUAGAUCCUGUGGAUUAUGAUGAACUAGAAGAGAAUAUGCCGGGAAAACAAACGACUAUAGAUCGUUACUUGGCAGAAACACAUCCGCAGCAUCAAGAGCAGGAUCAUUAUCAAGAAGAAGAAGAAGAAGACGACGUGCAGGAGGAUGAACAAGAGGAGAUGGAACAAGAGGUUUAUUAUAAUCGUAGACAUGAAACGCCUGAAGAGAGUCAAGAACGGAAGAGAGCUGCCAGCGAAAGAAUGAGGAAUUUAUUACAGGAUGCAGAAAACAUGAUUAGAAAUAAAAAUAAUAUCGCUAGAAGAACCAAAAGAGUAGAGAGAAAAGUGGUGCCGCCUGUCGAAGAUUGGCAAGAAAUGAAGGUCUGGUACGGUGAACAGCCUAUAACAAACAAUAUGAAUAAAAGCAGGAAAUAAAAUAUAGAUUUUUAAUUUGUGAUCUGCCUUUGUGUGCUUAGAGAGUAACAAACGUUAUCAAGUCUUUUGUCUAAAACAUGAAAAGUAUGAUGUAACACAAUUAAGCUUUAUUUAUUGAGGGUGACAUACUCGAUCAGGUUUGGUAUCACAGUGUUUACUGACAAAAUUUUAUUGAAAAAGAAAAUAUAAUUAACAACUAUAAUCCCAACCCUCUUCUUCUUGGUGUACGCAUAUCUCUGGCACCAGGAGUAGCAAUACGACCAGCUCUAGCCGUGUUUUGUCUA